AUGGCUGGAAGAUGCUAUGCAGUGAUUGGAGAAAAUGAGAGCGCUGGAACUAGUUACUGUGAGCAGCCAUGUCCUGCAGAAUUUGGUGUUCACCUGGCAGAGCUGACCGUAGAUCCGCAGGGAGCACUGGCAAUCCGUCAGCUGGCAUCAGUCAUCUUGAAGCAGUAUGUGGAGACUCACUGGUGUGCCCAAUCAGAGAAGUUUAGGCCUCCUGAAACUACAGAAAGGGCAAAAAUUGUUAUCCGGGAGCUAUUGCCCAACGGGUUGAGAGAAUCAAUAAGUAAGGUGCGCUCCAGUGUGGCCUAUGCAGUGUCAGCCAUUGCUCACUGGGAUUGGCCUGAAGCCUGGCCCCAGCUCUUCAACCUGCUCAUGGAGAUGUUGGUGAGCGGAGAUUUAAAUGCAGUCCAUGGAGCCAUGCGAGUGCUGACAGAAUUCACUCGAGAAGUAACAGACACACAGAUGCCCCUUGUUGCUCCAGUCAUUCUUCCAGAGAUGUAUAAGAUCUUCACUAUGGCCGAGGUGUAUGGUAUUCGGACCCGUUCCCGAGCUGUGGAGAUUUUUACCACUUGUGCCCAUAUGAUCUGUAACAUGGAGGAACUGGAAAAGGGUGCAGCCAAAGUUCUGAUCUUUCCUGUGGUGCAGCAGUUCACAGAGGCCUUUGUUCAGGCCCUCCAGAUACCAGAUGGCCCCACAUCUGACAGUGGAUUUAAGAUGGAAGUCCUAAAGGCAGUGACAGCCCUGGUGAAAAACUUCCCAAAGCACAUGGUGUCCUCCAUGCAGCAGAUUCUGCCUAUUGUUUGGAACACCCUAACUGAGAGUGCAGCUUUUUAUGUGAGGACAGAAGUAAAUUACACAGAGGAAGUUGAAGAUCCUGUGGAUUCUGAUGGUGAAGUCCUGGGCUUUGAAAAUCUCGUCUUUAGUAUUUUUGAGUUUGUCCAUGCUCUCCUAGAAAAUAGCAAAUUCAAAAGCACUGUUAAGAAAGCCUUGCCUGAGUUGAUUUACUAUAUAAUCCUGUACAUGCAGAUCACUGAGGAGCAGAUUAAAGUAUGGACAGCCAACCCCCAACAGUUUGUAGAAGAUGAGGAUGAUGAUACUUUCUCCUAUACAGUUAGGAUUGCAGCUCAAGACCUAUUGCUGGCUGUGGCCACUGAUUUCCAGAAUGAGAGUGCAGCAGCCCUGGCUGCUGCAGCCACUCGGCAUUUACAAGAAGCUGAGCAAACCAAAAACAGCGGUACCGAACACUGGUGGAAGAUACACGAGGCAUGUAUGCUUGCCCUCGGCUCAGUAAAGUCUAUCAUCACUGACAGUGUGAAGAAUGGCAGGAUCCAUUUUGACAUGCAUGGGUUCCUGACCAAUGUCAUCCUUGCAGACCUCAACCUUUCAGUGCCUUGCAUUUAUUGUGACCAACUAAAAGUCUCAGAGAGUACCCACGUGCUUCAGCCCUUCCUCCCCAGUAUCCUGGAUGGCUUAAUUCACCUAGCAGCCCAGUUCAGCUCAGAGGUCCUCAACCUGGUGAUGGAGACCCUGUGCAUCGUUUGUACAGUAGACCCAGAGUUCACAGCAAGCAUGGAAAGCAAAAUCUGCCCCUUCACCAUCGCCAUUUUCCUGAAGUACAGUAACGAUCCUGUCGUCGCCUCGCUGGCCCAGGAUAUCUUCAAGGAGCUGUCCCAGAUUGAAGCCUGUCAGGGCCCAAUGCAGAUGAGGCUGAUUCCCACUCUAGUGAGCAUAAUGCAGGCCCCAUCAGACAAGAUCCCUGCAGGACUGUGUGCGACGGCCAUUGAUAUCCUGACUACAGUAGUACGGAAUACAAAGCCUCCCCUUUCCCAGCUACUCAUCUGCCAAGCUUUCCCAGCCGUGGCACAAUGCACCCUUCACACAGAUGACAAUGCCACCAUGCAGAAUGGUGGAGAGUGCUUGCGGGCCUACGUGUCAGUGACGCUGGAGCAGGUGGCCCAGUGGCACGACGAGCAGGGCCACAAUGGGCUGUGGUACGUGAUGCAAGUGGUGAGCCAGCUCCUGGACCCCCGUACCUCCGAAUUCACUGCGGCCUUUGUGGGUCGCCUCGUCUCCACCCUCAUCUCCAAGGCAGGGCGGGAGCUGGGGGAGAACCUGGACCAGAUUCUUCGUGCCAUCCUCAGUAAGAUGCAGCAGGCAGAAACGCUCAGUGUCAUGCAGUCUCUGAUCAUGGUGUUCGCUCAUCUGGUGCACACUCAGCUGGAACCCCUCUUGGAGUUCCUGUGCAGCCUCCCGGGACCUACUGGCAAACCUGCCCUGGAGUUUGUAAUGGCUGAGUGGACAAGCCGACAGCAUCUGUUCUAUGGACAAUAUGAGGGCAAAGUCAGCUCUGUGGCACUGUGUAAACUGCUCCAGCAUGGCAUCAAUGCAGAUGACAAACGGCUACAGGAUAUCCGCGUGAAGGGAGAGGAGAUCUACAGCAUGGAUGAGGGCAUCCGCACCCGCUCUAAGUCAGCCAAAAACCCUGAGCGCUGGACAAACAUUCCUUUGCUGGUCAAGAUCCUGAAGCUGAUCAUCAAUGAGCUCUCCAACGUCAUGGAGGCCAACGCCGCACGCCAGGCCACUCCUGCAGAGUGGGGUCAAGAUGACUCCAAUGAUAUGUGGGAGGACCAGGAAGAGGAUGAAGAAGAGGAAGAGGAUGGUUUAGCUGGCCAACUCUUAUCUGACAUUCUCGCUACAAGUAAAUAUGAGGAGGAUUACUACGAGGAUGAUGAGGAAGAUGACCCUGAUGCCCUAAAGGAUCCUCUCUAUCAGAUUGAUCUGCAGGCAUAUCUCACGGACUUCCUCUGCCAGUUCGCUCAGCAGCCCUGCUACAUAAUGUUCUCAGGCCACCUUAAUGACAACGAGAGGCGGGUUCUGCAGACCAUUGGCAUCUAAAAAACGGAGACUUUCCACAUCUGCUCCUCCUGGCCUAGCCACAAACCAUUUUGCAGCUCUAAACUGGCCUCGAGAUGUACUUUCUUUUCAACCUAGAGUGGCCUCCUGACUCUUGGCCCUUGGCCUUUGCAGAGUGACAAUUCAAACCAAGCUCACCAGUGCUGUCACUUAGGAAUACUGGAACAAAGGACAUUUCUCAAAGACUCCCUGAAGAGACUCCAUCUCUAGAACCUUUUUCUCCCCAACUGUGCCCUCACCUGUGUUCCUAGAGUCCUCUGCUGGCCACUCCAGAAACAUAUUGCCCAGAAGGAUUAUGUGUUCAUGGAUUAUUUUGCCCCACCUCAGGAGCACAGGAAGUCAUGACCAUUUAUAUUCUAAAACAGACCUGUUUACUUUCAUAGGACAUCUGAUGUGUUCAGAUAGGAAUACCCUUGAGAGAUGAUUCUGCUUUCUGCCCUCCACCACAGAUGUUCUGGGUUCUCCAUAGGAACGAGAGAGAGCUACAUUCUGAGCCCUCUCCAGUGACCUCUCCUUGUCUCCCUCCUAUAACACUAAGGCUCCCCUGUCAAAGGAAGUCAUCUUGUUUUUGCCUCAUUGCAUGACACAGCCCCUCCCCCUAAGCUAUCCCUGUGUAUACAUGCACAUACACAAAAUAAGCCAGACAGAUGGCACGUUGGUUUUCCUUUUUUAGAAGAAGAAAAAAAAAAAAAAAGGAAAAACAUUUUUUUAAAAGUCCUCCUGACACAACCAUAUUUAAUAUUCCUCUCCCACACGUCACCACACACUCUGAUAUUCAAAGGUUACCCCAUCUCCCUCAGAAAUCCUCUAAAGUGGUUAAGUUGUAGCCCUCAAAUUUGCAAUGUGUAUUUUUCUAGGAGAGUAAAGUAAUCUUUACAAAUGAAUUUAGUCCGCAUGGUAUAAGGUGUACCAGCACAUCUGCCUUCUGUUCCUUUUAGAAGGAAAAUAAAAAUAAGGGGAAAAAGAUUAGGCAGAGCCAUGUAGACACCCUAGUGUGUUUUAGCUAAGCUAGCUCAAAAUGAUUCUUAGAGAACUAGUAUCAUCCAAUCAAGUAUUUUUAAGGGUGGUCCCUUAUUUGGGAAUUUCAGUCUUGUGGGUGAAUGAGGAUAAUAAAUCAAGGGGAGGAAGGCAAAGCCCAGCAUUCCUUUUUGAUAGUGCCCACACCUGGUGCCUCAGUUUUAGUAGCUACAGAAGAUUUCUUUAGGUUGAUGGUCUUGCAGACAGGAAACAGAAUAGAAAGUGAAUUUAAGUCUCUGUUCUUGAGGAAAGGGCCCCACUUGUGGGGCAUUUACUGUACAGGACUGUUUCGGAAGCCUAAGGAUUUUGUAGCUAAUAGUGAUUUCACGCCACUAGGUGUCCCUGGUGUACAAUUGUCACAUCUGAGCUGGGGAAAGUGUCUGUUAACGUUACUAUCUUUGAAAAGCCUGAGGACGUGUGCACAGCAUCGUCCGCUGCCAGCCAGGUUCUGAGACUGGUAACUGCCCCUGCUGUUUCUCCCCCUUGAGUUGGGAGAGUUGCUCAUAUUGGGGAAAUAUAGGAGGUCGGGCCAAUUGGUGCUCAGGAAAACCACAGUCAGCCUUAGAAACAAACUCCAUAGUUGAUCUCAAGGCAGUGCCAGUUGGUUUCAGUGCUGAAGGUUACAUAAGGCCAAAUCAACUCCUGAUUGUGGCACAAAAGAAAGGUCUCAUGCCAUUGGCAUUGAAUUGCUGAGUUUGGGAAGGCUUGGGGCUCCCACACAUAGAAUGAUAUGGGCCCCUUCUGGGCCUGCUAAUUAGAAAAAGAGUCUGUAUCUAGUGCCAAAAGUGAUCUCUUGACAAAGGUCAUCUCUUGCUGAUUUUUGGGGAGGACUGGAAAACCUAAGUCCUGAAGGAAAGGGUCUUCGUAUCAUCCAGGCGGCCACCCCUGCCUAACAGACAUACUGUUGUGGAUGAGAGCAGAGGGUCUUGGACCCCUUUGUGUGCAGGCACUUCCUUUGCUCCCACAGCAUUUUCACAUCAUCCCAUUUAACCUUUACAGCAGGUACACAGUGGAUAAUAUUCCCAUUCUAUCAAUGAGGAAGAGUUCAGAGACUAUAUCCACCGUCAGCAGGGAGAAAAAAGAUCUGCUUGAGUCCAGUAGUACUGACAGAAAGUUCCAGUAGUAUUGACAGAAAGUUGAACUCUAGCUCCUAUUUUGUCUCCUGGUCUUUUGGCCAAAGAACUUACCUUGGGUCUAAAAGAUCAGGGCUAACUGGUUGGAAGGAGUUGAAGUUCAAGAUAAGAUAAACAAGGGAAUGAGAGAGCGCUGGGCUGUUCUAAAAUACUUCAGGUUUCCCGAGCCUGGUGAGUAACAGCUAGAACACCAAGGGCUUUGCCAGCAGUGUGUUGAGCUCUUAGUGGAAAGAACUGAAGGGAAAACGGAAGAAACAACCAGAAGACAGAGGAGGUGGAAGUCCAAGAACAGAAGGAAGCUGGUUAUGAUAAGUCCCCUGCCCGAUCUGUGACACAGGGACUAUCCUGCCAGAUGUGUGACAUUGAUCAGGGACUACAGACAGAUGACUUGAGGUGAUAAAUAAGAAUGUUGUAAUCACUGGAGUUUAAUAGAUGUUCAUUAUGAAUUCAGAGCAAGUGAUGCCCAACUAGACUCGUAGUCUGAUUUUGUUAACAUAAAAUCUGGACGCGGUAAAAUCAAAGCAUUAGGGAAAUGGAGAAGUUGGUUACUGGCCACCAACUCUCAGACUACAAACUGGCUUAUUGUGGAAUGGUUUAUGCUGUGCCCCAGGGCUCUGUCCUUGGCCCCUCCUUUGAUAUUAAUGACAGAUGAGGGUUUUUUUUUAAUGUUUUACCCAUUCCAAAAGAGGAUUUGAGGCCAUUUACAAAAGAAACAGUACUAGAUAGAGUUGCUGAUCAGAUUUUUUUUUAGAUGGGGGGAGGGGCUAGAGGGAGAGAGAAAAUCCCUAGCAGGUUCCAUGGGGCUUCAUCUCUCAACCUUGGGAUCAUGACCUGAGCAGAAAUCAAGAGUCAGAUGCAUAACCGACUGAGCCACCCAGGCUUCCCUGCUGAUCAGCCGAUCAGAUUUUUAGAUAACAGGAACUCCUGGGAAGGAUGACAAUUUAGGAUUCAAACAACUAUCUCUAUAAGCUUUAAAAAUAGGCAGAAUUUAAAGGUAAGGUUGUUUUCAAAAUUCAGAUGGAUGAGUAUGAAGAGAGUUAAGGAUUACAGAGCACUGUGCUCUUGUUAACAAUUCUUUGUGCCAGUAAUAAGUGUUUAUGAUGUCAGGAACUGUUAACGUGUCCUCACUAAACUCCAGUGUAGUCCUGGCUGGGGUAGUAGGCACAGAUUGUGUAAGAUCAUUUCGGUCCUCUGUGUCUGUCAGCAAUCCUAGAGUGCUCUGUUCCAUUAUGGUGCUCAAACAGGAGGCUCCCUGACAGACGGUGAGCCCAUCUGCAAGAGGAAAACCAAGAACUGGAGGCCCCAAGCUGUGUCACGGGGAAGAAGCUUGAAGGAGCCGAGAAGACUCAGGGAAAACAGGACACUGCUUUGGAAACCGAAAGGAUUGUCCAGUGAAAGACAUUCUAUACUUCUCACCCCAGCCAGGCAGACCUACGGCCAAUAAGUAGAUGAUAAACUCAAAGCCAAUUUCUGGCCACUAUGUGUUUAUUCUGUUCAGCAAAUACUAAACUUUUUUUCCAUGCAAGGCCAGUGCUAGAUGCUGGAGAGGCUUGGCCCCUUCCUUCAAGAAGCUAGUCCAGUAGGGGGUCAGAAAUAAUGCAGCAGAUGUGGGUAGUACUAUGAGAGAAGUACUGGGGUCAAUUCCCACUACCCGAAAGAGGAAUGGUUAAUGGUAACUGGGAGAAGUCAGGCAGGGUUGCAUGGAGAAGGGGACCCUUAAACUGCGCACUCGCAAGGUGGCUAACAACUGCUAAGGUUUCAGAAGCACUAAAUGCCAAUGACUGUUCCAAAGUGUUACUUGGAUUCUCGUGUAGACCAUCUAAUAACUACGAAGUGCAUACUUUUGUUUACCCCAUCCACAGACUGAUGAAACUGAAGCAUAGAGUUAUUAAAUGUUACCUGCCAAAAGUCA